AUGUCUAAAGGUAUGUGGGAUUCAUCAAUGUCUAUAAAACGAACAAGAGUUUUCAGAAGAACUGACAGCGCGACAAGCGUUGGCGGCCAAGUUUUUGAAGGACAAUCGUCAGGCAUUAAGGGAAAGUGUUGAUGAUGGAAGUAGUCUCAACUUUACCAAUUCGCCAUCACAAUCGGCUGAGAGUCUGUCCGACGAUUCGUCGGCCGACCUGACAGUUCUAUCGGAUACUGUAGGUACAGUGGCUUGCGCCAGCGGUUGGACGAGAUACUCGGUGAAUGGAAAGUGCUACCAGCAGUCGGACGACUAUUAUACUUGGUACGAAGCGGAAGACUAUUGUUGGAGUCAGAGAGAGGGCGCACACUUGGCAUCGGUGCACACGCAGGCGGAGGCGGUUUGGUUGAAUGGUAGGCUGACUUGAAAAUGGUAUUUUAGAGAAGUUUUAUGAGUUUAAAAAUGCUUGUGUGUAAUCUACGUACCUAUUACUUGAUUUUUGUACUUGACAACUUUUUUAUACUACCAAUACUGAGCCUACUGUAGCUCAUGGAAGUUUGAAUACGAUUGUAGGAUGGCAUAACCUAGGCAAACUUCUAUGAGCUACAGUAGGCUUGGGAAAAGUGGUACAAAAAAGUUGUCAACUAACAACACAUAGUAUGGGCCUAGUACUUCACUUUUGUUCUUGACAACUUUUUUGUAUCACCAAUACUGAGCCUACUGUAGCUCAUGGAAGUUUGAAUAGGAUUGUAGGGUGGCAUAACCUAGGCAAACUUCUAUGAGCUACAGUAGGCUUUGGAAAAGUGGUACAAAAAAGUUGUCAACUAACAAAAAAACGUAGAAAGUAUGAAGAUUACACUCAAAAAAUUUCAAGUCAAAACAUUUUCAGCGCAGUACAAAAAGCCACUCGUUUCGAUGGAUGAUUGGAUUGGUCUCCGAAGAGCUGUAAGCCCUCUUACAACGACGCCCCCUUUUGAAAACUAAAACUUUUCGUUUGCAUUUUUCAGUGCGACAAUGUGACGUACUACUGGACCGACGGUUCCGCCUACGAUUUCGUCUGGUGGCAGCCGGACUAUCCGCAAUCCGAGUACGCUGAGGAAAGUUGUACUACUGUGCGUUGUUGAUACAUACAUACAUCAUGAAGCGUUGAGAACUCGAUGAUUUAGAUCUGGGACACGACGUGGCUUCACCUGAAUCCGGAUUACGUACCCGGACAGUUUGAUGAUAUGAAGGAUUGCGGGUCGGGCGGAUCGAAGGCCAUUUGCAUGUAUGAUCCGAAUUCUUGUACGGUUUUUGAGGGGGUUUGGGGGUGAAAUUGUAAUGUUUUUAAAGCAAUCAUCGGUGAAGAGUAUGCUCCUCAAGUGUGCGGUAAGAUUCCGGUCACCACGUCGACCACUACUACAACUACUUCAACUCCAACUACAACUACUACAACUCCAACUACAACUACUACAACUCCAACUACAACUACUACAACUCCAACUACAACUACUGCAACUCCUGCAACUACUGCAACUCCUGCAACUCCUGCAACUCCUGCAACUACUGCAACUACUGCAACUACUGCAACUACUGCAACUACUGCAACUACUGCAACUACUGCAACUCCUGCAACUACUGCAACUACUACAACUACCGCAACUACUACUAUCUUCAACGCAUCCACUUGCCCCUCUUCUUCGUGUCCUUCCGAUUGGUUCGAGUACAACUCCAAGUGUUAUGCAGUAAAUUAGUACUGAUCACCAGGGCACCAUCAAAAAUUUUCAGCUGAUCACCGCCUCCGCAACAAAUGCACAAGCUUCCGUUGGCUGUCAAGCACAAAACGCGGUUUUGGUGGAAAUUUCCGAUUUUGAGGAGAAUGAAGCGUUGAGAAGUGGGCGGUCAUGUCUGGAAAUCAGUACAAAACCGGUUUAUAGAGACGUUUUCGCUCAACUCGGCUGCCACGUCAUCCGGCUCUCUUGCCUGGAUCGCAAACUCGUCGUCGUACACAAAUUGGGCCACAGGAGAGCCGAGUGGCGAGGAUUACUGUAACUCGGUGAGCUCUAACCCCUUUUUUCAAACUUUUUUUGUUGGUAUUUUUCAGUUUGUGCUCUCGACAGCCACCAAUUUGGGAUAUUCACGAGGAGUUUGGAGUGCUGAGCCGUGUUCGAGCAAAUUGGAUUACGCGAUUUGUUCGAAAUCUGUGAAUUGAGCUGGCUAGAUAAAGUUGCACAUGUUCUGUUACUUCAAAUCGAUAUAUCUCAGUUGCGAGUCGAGAUAGCAAAAAGUUGUCAACUAACAAAUUGUUCAUCAAGAAAUUUUGUACAUUUUAUCAGUUGACAACUUUUUGAUAUCUCUACCAACUGCUGAGAUACGGACGCAUAUAGUAAGAUGAUGUUUCGAAACCCAAUACUCAACGUUGGCAAACAACUAAUAAGCCGACUUCUCCUGCAUUUCGAAAUAUUCUGAAACUGAAACGCAUAUUUAGUUACUUCGUAGAACAAAAAGUCACAUUUCAUUUCCAGUUGAAUGAGGAGAAGCAUCAAAAAAACCAAAUUUUUUGCUGGGCACGCUUCAAAAAAUUCGCUCGUCAUUAGGCAGUCGAAAGAAGAGAACAAGAAAUGUACUGAUCUCUUUAGACUCUUUAUCAAUAGAUAUAUUAUUUGUUUUCAUUCCAUUCCAUCCAUUCUUUUUAUAGAAGCCUACAAUAACAUUUGAGGUCCUGUUUUGAAGUGUCCAAAAAUCCCGAAAAAACAAAUCCAAUUCGGUGCAGGUCAACGAUCGUUUCCGGUGUUCUCAUUUCCACACACUCGCUUUUUUUUUGUUUUUCAAUCGCUCGAAAACUGGUGAGCAACGUGAACAACAACGACUUUGGGAGACACUGAUUUCCGGCGAAUUCCUCUCUUUCGAUGCUCUUCAAAAUUUUUCGCGGCGAACCUGUUGUCGAGUGAGUUUUUUUUCAAUUAAACGUUUCAAAAUGCAACUGAAAUCACAGUCCAAUUUUGUACAAUUGCACUGGGACCAAUGUUCAUGUGGAGCCGCACACGUUCCUCGGAACUUUAUACUUUACACUGGGCUUUGUGGCGCAGGUGAGUUGUAUAUAUCUCAGCGGUCUGAUAAGAUAUGAAAAAGUUGUCAACUGAUAAAUUAUUUAUUAUAAAAUUUUGCAUAUUUUAUCAGUUGACAACUUUUUGAUAACUCUACUGGCCACUGAGAUACAUCGUUUUGAAUUGAGAUUCAAAUAUACCGAAGUUUGAAACGAUCUAUCUCAGCUGUGUGUGAAGAUAUCAAAAAGUUGUCAACUGAUAAAAUAUGCAAAAUUUUGUGAUAAACAAUUUAUCAGUUGACAACUUUUUGAUAUCUUCACACACAGCUCAGAUAUAUUUGAAUCUCAAUUCAAAACGAUGUAUCUCAGUUGCCAGUAGAGUUGGCAAAAAGUUGUCAACUAAUAAAAUGUUUAUUGAAAUAUUGUGAACAAUUUAUCAGUUGACAACUUUUUGAUAUCUCCGCAAAUAGCUGAGAUACAUUGCCUCCAGUUUCAGUAUUAAACUUUCAAUUUUUUGAUUUUCUCACCCUGGAAAACUUUUCAGAUUCUCUACCUGCUGAUCCUCAAAACAUUCUGGUCUCACGAGCCGUUCUGGGAGCACGCUUGUUAUCGAAUCAUGUUUUUUCUCGGUGCGUCUGCGUUCGGAUAUUCUAGAGAUCAAAAAAGUUUUGCAUGGGGGUUCAUUAAAUGUGGGUGGUGGGUGGGUGGCCGCACAAGUUUCACGAUAAUAAUAAUAAUAAUAAGAGAAAGUUGAGUGAGGGGGGAAAAACUCAGAGAUCUGAGUUUGUUACACUGAUUUUUUCGGUGACUUAAAGGGUGGAUUGAGUGCGUUCGCGUCACAGAUUGAGUAUAAAUAAGGUGAUUAGGCGAGUGCGACUUUUUGAUUACCGCUUGGAGAAGUUUGCAAAAAAAUUGAAGUGUGGUACUCAGAAGGAGGGUCUUCACGAUGAUUUUAAGACGUUUUGAAACUGAAAGUGCGCUCUAUCGCACUUCUGGCACUGAAAAUCCCGGAAUUUCAGCUAAUUUUAGCCGCAAUGCAGAGUACACCGUCCGUUUGCAGGAAUCCCCGACUGUCUGAGCCUGAUAGUGUGCGCCGAGCUGGCGGGUGUCUGGUCGAUUCUCGGCCUCCAUCCGUGCUACGACAUGGAAAGUUCCGUGCUCCUCGGAUGUUUGGUUUUCGGCACGUGGCACAUGAGCUGCUUCUACGUGCUCAUUCUCGCGUUCAACAGGAGUUGCGAACUUGUGGCGCCAUCUCUCGGGUAGCCCGGGGAACAAUAUCGGCGCUGAACUCAUUCGCAUUCAUUCCAGCCGACUGCUCUUCAACGGAAAGCCGCUCACCGUCGUUCUCUGUCUUCCCAUCUUCUACUUUGUCUACUUUGCCUUUUUCACGAAGCCGUUGAUCUACGACGCGCGAGAAUCGACGUUCCUGCUCAACCCGAACACCGCCGCCACAAUGUCGUUCGACGCCGACGCGUACGCCGUCUACGGCUUCAUCCUCAACAACUUCUUCGUCAUGUUCUUCAUCGGCGUCAACUAUUUGACCGUCUGCACGUUUCUCCUCUAUCACUCGUUCUCGACAAGCAUUCAGAAGGUGUCGAAAGUCUACCGACAGGUGACAAUUCAGUGCAUGGUCGUGUGCACGUGCCACUUCAUCGGAUGCUUUCUCUACAUUUACAUGCAAUACGUCGAGUUGCCCAAUCUUUUUCACGUCAUCGCACAACUCGCCUGGAUUGGCAAUCAUGGUUGGUUCGAGCGAAACAUUUAAAGUUUCAUCACUUCUCUAAAAUUGAAUCCACAGUUGUAUUUUGCAAAUCCUCAAUCAAACCGAUUCCCAUGCCUAAAGUCACCCGCCCACGGUCUCCAGAGCUGACAAUGGGCGCAAGCGCGCCCCGCCCAAUAGAGCGUAGAACAUUGGCGCGAAAUUCAAAUUUUAACAGCAAAAUUUGUGUUUUUUGCCAGAUUAGCCACGAAAAAUCGAUAAUUUCUCAUUUGUCUCUCGAUAGACUGAUUUUAUAGGCAAUUACGAAUUUUUUAAGCGCAAGAGCGUCAAAUUUGAUCAAGUUUGAAGGUUUUUGGCUAAAACUGCGUGAAUUUCAGUUGCUUUUCGGUAAUUUUCGCGGUUCGAGCGCUCAAAAUGCUUGUAUUUACGUGAUUUAUCAUUCUCAAAACCAAUUCUGUCUGAAAACGGUCAAGAAAGCGCAAAAUGAGAAGUGCGGUUUUUAGGAAAAAAAAAAUUUCGAAAAAGCGAAAUUCGCGAAAAAUGCGAAAAAUGCGCCAAAACGUCCAUAAUUCUGUGAGAAUUAGUGAUUUUUCAUGUCGAACAUGCAUUUUUCAUCGCCUUUGACCACAAAAAUCAGAGAAAACGUGCUCAAUUCAUGAAAACGCCAUUUGGCAUACUCAGGUAAAGUUUCAAACUUUUCUUGGCUCUUCUGAAGACAUUCUCAAACUUUCUCAAAAAAAAAAACGUUUCCAAGACCAUUUCAAAACUUUUCUAGGACUUUGUCAAACUUUUUCCAGAAAUUCUCAAACUUUUCCAAGAAUUUCUUAGGUGGCGCCUGGAAAAGUUUAAAAAUAGCCAAGAAAAGUUUGAAACGAGUGACGAGUGAGCAUGAUUAAUGUUAUGCGCAGAAGAAUUGUCAAUGGUGCGCACUUGCAACACUGAACACACACGUGGAUAUUCUCAGUUGAAUACAAAUGCAAUAAACAACAGAAGACGAGGAGAACAUUUAAAAAAUUGAGAAAAAAAAAAGUUGUUCCGCGGUGCGCAGAGAUUCCAUCAUUUCUAAUUAGAUCCCAAAAACUCCUAAUUAGAUGUGAAAAGUCCAACUUCUAAUUAGAUUCGAAUAUCUGUUUUCACAUCUAAUUAGAUUCAAAUUAAACCUGAAAAACUUCUAACUAGAUCUGAAAAUCAUGCUUUCUUGAAAUAGAUGUGAAUGAGUUCUAAUCCCAUCGCAAUCCAUUUACCAGAGUAAAGUCACCCGCCCGAAACUGUAAACUUUUUUCAGGUCUUCCGCCAUUCGUCUACAUCAUUUUCAACACGUCGAUCCGCUCGAAAAUCUCCUUCUGUAACCUGCGAAUCGUGCGUGUUUCGCCGUCGGACGCCACGAGAAAGUCGACGACGCAGGCCGACAGUCAGAAGAGAACGGCGACGAUUUUCUGA